AUGCAUGUUAUUGAAAUAGGCUCUGAUGUUGUGGCCCUGGGUCAUUUCGAUGGGUCACUUGUUCAAGAAGGAGUCAAUAGCAUGGUUACAGAAGUCAAACGCAUGUCUAGCUCAUCAUCAUCAGAUGGAAGGUUAGAACUUCAUAUGAUAGGAGGAUUUCUUGAUGACAGAGGUUAUUCUGAACAGUUAGUUUUUGAUAUAUUAGAUGCAUUUAACAGUCUCUCACAAAAUGUCAGUCUCAUCACAUGCUGUGUGUGUGAGUUGAAUAAUGUCAAGAAAAGGAAAUUAAACUGGCCUAUAAUUUAUGGGAUAGGUAUAAACAUAAAAAAUGGAGAGUUGUUUCCUGCUUCCUUCCCUGACAGAGGACCUGCCAUAUCGCUUAGAUCAAGUAGGCAUUUUACAAGAUGUGACAAAGAAGGGAUGGUGUGCAUAUAUCGAUCCACAAGUGGCUUGCUGAUCAUUGGACCUUUUAACUAUAGGCUAAUACCUGAAAUCGACUUUUUGCUGGUUCAAAAAGAUCAGUUUCUGCAAACUCACAUGUCAACAUCACCUUCAGUGGAACCACCACACUUUGCACAAGAAGUAAGGAACACAUUAACUUUUAUCAAAGAACACCCAUUUCCACUGGUUUCUGUUUUUCCUGAUAACCAACCACAUCUUUACAAGAAGAAUGAUCAAGGAGUUUGGACUCGAGUUUAUAGCUGUGAUAAAUCUUAGUCACUGAAUGUGAUUAUCACUAAUAGUUUAUGAAUUGUGAUAAGAAUUGUUGGCACUAGUUAAUUAAAAAUUAGAUCUAUAUUUUAAUCUUGUAAUUAUUUAAGGUAUCAAAUCAAACACAUACUUGCAAGGUUGUUAAUUAUUACUUAUAGGCCAUGGGCCAAUUUUUAUAAAUUGAUUUUUCAUAGCAAAUUUGGUGGAACAACUUAAUGUUCUUACUAAAUGUACUUUAUGAUUUUCUCUCUAAAUCGUCAACGAUCCCAAUUGUUCACUUGCACAUCAGUUGGAAAUAUACCUUGAAAAAUUAGCAACUUCACUUUGCUAAGCCAUGGCAACAGCCAAUCGAAUUGCACCAUUUAUCCAAGAUUGUAGCCUUCAUAAAAUAUUGUGCACAUGUGAUUCCUAUUGAAAAUAGCACUAGUUUUGACACAUUUGUGUGUUCUCUUCAGUCUUAUGUUGUUUCAUUUACUGUAAUUUGUUUUUAUUGUCUAACUGCUACAUAUGAUAUGUUAUUUUAUGAGCAUGUGCUACCUUCAGGAACAAUGUAGUACUUGCAAGAAGAAAAAGUAUAUUGUGAACAAGCAGUCAAUGAAAUGACAAUAUUACAGACUUUCUAACUGAGAAUGCCAGUCAGGUAAGUGAAAACUACUCUAACUUAGCAGUACAAAUCAUCUUACAAAUCCCCAAAACGAUCCUGGUGGAUGUUUUUGAACCAUCAUAUGGAGAUGAUGUACAUUGGUUAUUUUCAGGUGCUCAUAACAGUUCACUUUAUUUAUCAUAUAAUAAUUACUAUAGUCAGCAACAACAUUGUUUUUGCUAUGGGAAGGUGCAAUUGGUAUGUACUGUUCUGCAUGAAUUUCUAUUGCAAGAAAAUGAAAGGGAAAAUGUAUUGGCACAGGCUUCCUCAAGAUUUAAAGCUUAAAACAUUUGGGUAAAUGUCAUACAUUGUGACAUAGGAUGAAAUCUCAAGGUGAAAAUGUUAUGCUCACAACAUUUUAAAGAAUGUUUUAACACUGAUAAAAAAUGGACAACUACGAUGUCUUAAGCAAUCUUCAUUGCCACCUCAGUGGUCUAAUACAGAAAAGAUUAGUAGUAUAAAUACUAUUUUUACUUUAUUAUUGCUUAGUUAAUAUUUCUAAAGUCUGAGUGAAAUUGAAAUGGAUAUUUGGUGUGGAAUAGGCUUAGAGAAUAGUUAAUCAUAAUUAGUUGUUGAAUACCAAAACACUAAUUAUCACAGUUAUUGUGAGUAUCUGCUAUAUUGUCAGGAAUAAAUGUAUAUUGGUUUGAUAUUUUGACAAGUUUUCUUAAGUAUAAAAAAUAUAUUUAUUUCUGAUUUAGGUCAUGCAGCCAUUGAAGAUCCAAGCCCAGUCUGUGCUGUUGUAUCCAAUAUUAAACAAGUCAAGGUGGCUUCUGCUUACAGUUGUUGAAAAAUAUUUUGGAGGAAUCUUUAUGGAAAGAAAACAGUUUCUAAAUAUCAAAUUAAGUUAGUGUUUCUUUUCCCCUUUAACAAUCACAUAUCAAGAAGCACCUUGUUGUCAAGUCUACGUAAGCAUUAAUACAACAGCUCUGUUAUUAUGUUUAGUUUGUGAACAACUUAAUUCAAAAUAAUUGUUUUGGCAAUCAUAAAACAAAACAGUAUCAUUAUGAACUAAUAUCUAUGUGAGAACUAACUUUAACAUAGUAUCUUUCCAUCAACUAGAGACACCUCAGUGGUAGGAAUUGGAUGUAAAACAUCCAGGAUUUACGUGAUUUUGGUGAAACCUGCUUAGAAUGUAGCAUGUGCUGAGAUAUAGUGAUUACAGUUUUCAAGUUGGACUAAAAUUUACAGAGUUACAACUGGCCACAUAGUCAGUAGAAACCCCCAUAGUUAAUGACAGUACUUCUUGUUUUGUAACCGAUAGGUCUGCUAUGUGAGCUUUCUUAUUCUAUGCUUUUCAUUGCAUCUGUUUUUCAUACUAGAGCCAAAUAGAUAUUCAACAGAUAGCUCUAAGCCCUCCCGGCUGUGACUAAACAUUUGUUACUUUGUAAAAUGUUGUCAUCAAUCAUCAUUAUUUCCUCAAUUGCGUGUAUGUGCAAGGUUCUGAGAAGUUCAGCAUGCAACAUGUGUAGUUGCUUUAGGUGUAACCAUGAUGUUCUUUAUGACAGCCCUUGUUUACACAAAUCCAUCUAUCUACUCCCAAAAUGAUGUGGCAACAUUCCAAAAUAGGUCUGAGUGCUGACGAGUACAGUAGUGAUAGAGGUAGUAAUUUUCUGCCAGAUUAGAAGACCAAGAAGAAGGUCUUAUAAAAAAAAAAGUUCAUAUAAUUUGAUUUAAGAAUAAAAAAACACAUAAUAAACUUGUGUGUGACUGUUGCUGAUAAUGUGUUGUGGCCACUCUGAAAUCCUGUGUCAUAACUCCUGAUUGAAAUAUGGAUCACAAAUUUGAAUACAGCAAGUUCCAGACUUUCCAUUGGUAUAUGAAACACCUCAAAGAAGUAGUUAUCAGAAUUUAUCAUUCUUUGCUCUGCCACCCAAAAACAUUGCCUCUGAUUGAGGGAGAGAUCUUCUCUUAAAAGGUCAAUACCACAUUUCACUUGUAUUUUUUGUUGUUUUCUGUGUUAUAUACUAAAGGUGAAGGUAAGAACACUAUGAGUCAUUAAUUGACUGAAGUAAUGUCUGUCCUGGGCAACUAUUUCUUUUACCAAUAGAGGCAUUUUCUUAAAAUGCCCGUUGUUAAUUGUACAAUUAACUUUGUGAUAAAACAUAUUACAAGAAUUUACAAACAGCACCAUAAACCAAUUAUAGUUUACUGAUGCAAUGCUUGCACAUUAAUUCUAAAGAUUAAUAAGUGGACCCAACAACUGAUAAGAAUAUUCAGAUGCUUUAGAGCUUGCUUCUCUGUCACUGUUAAUGAUAUAUACACACACAAACUAGGUGUAACAACUCAUUCUGCUUUAAGACCUAUUAUUGGAAUAUGUACCUUGGAUAUCACUUUAGGCAAAUUAAACAGAUUGCUAUUUAGUCAUCCCUCCCAAUCCAUACUUGAAACCACCACCAAAAAAACAUUAUUUCUUUAAUUCUCUCAUGGCCCAAGAUUUGUCACAGAUAUCCCAUAAUUUUAUUCUUUCCAUAGUGGAAUUGUACAAUUGAAAAUCUGAAAGCAAGAAAAUCUGUAAAAAUAAAUAACAUUCCUCCAUCCCUCUUCAUUAUUUAUGAAAACUGAGUUACAGAAAAAUUACUGUGUGUUUGCUACUUCCUUACUUGAUAUAAAUUUUUCAAAAUUCCUAUUACCUUUCAUUCAAUUUGGAAGCAAAGAGUUGCUGAAGUAAACAACUCAACUUUUCCUUUCUCUAACCAUACAUGGGAAUAGGCUCUACUGAUUGGUUCUCUUGCUGGAAAGAUAGCUGUGACUUCGUUUGCAAAGAGUUUGAUGUUCCGAAAUAGCUGACUUUUCUGUCAACAGAGCAUGUAAUGUGUAUCAUUUUGGAGUUUAACUUUCCUCUGUUUUCUUUAGCUUAUUGGGGGGGGGGGGGGGGGGGGGGGGGGGGGGGCUGACAUGGAACUGGUGAGAGAGAGAGAGAGAGCCAUUAAAAUUAUUUAUUUCAAAUCUCCUUUUCUUGCCAGUCCAUUUAACCCAUAGCAAACACUUGCGCUUGUUUUGUUUUAGUACUUGGAUUGUGUUUGUUUUUUAAAGAUUGUGGUUUAUA